GAGUGGGUGUGUCAGUGAGACAGUGCCAACAGGACUCUCCAUACAGCAGGGACACCUGGGGUUGGAAGGACAGGAACACUGAGUCUUGUCAAAAGGUCCUUGGCCAUGGCACGUGUGGUGAACCCCAAAAAGAACUACGUGGACCUAGACAUAUACCAAAGUUCGUACAUGGUCGACUAUAAGCCCUUUGGAAAGCACAAAUACUCCAGAGUCACACCACAAGAGCAGGCCAAGCUUGCCACUCAGCUCCGGAACAAAGAGUUUUACCGGCCCAUGCCCAACCCCAACCCCAAGUUGGAAGAUGGGUACCCCGCCUUCAAAAGACCCUACAUGACUGCAAAAGACUUGGGAGUCCCUGGCUUCUUCCCACCACAGAAACGGGCAAUCCCUGUGAAGGAUGAGGGCAGGUUCACCAGCACCUGCCGUUUUGCAUACCCAGCUUCCCUGGCUCUGUAUCUGGCCCAGUGUGAGCCCUACUUGCUUCACCAGAGGUCAGACUUCCCGUGCCUCAUGGAGCCUGAGCGGCAGCCUGCUCCAGAACUGGGCAAAGGCCACCUUCUACUCCCUGGCUGUCCCUGUUCUUCUCAGCAGAGAGUCAAGGUCCCCAUCUUGAAUAGGUGGGGCCCCUUGAUGCCAUUUUACCAGUAG